UAUAAAUUGUUAGAUAUCUGAAAUGUCAGCUUCUCAUAACUCUCCUUCAAGCCAAGUAGCAUUGCCUGAUCCCAGCAAGAUGUAUGCUCUUGAUUUUAAGAAUCUGGACAGCUCCUCGGUCAAGAACAAGUUUGUAGGUAAAAAGUCUAAGAAUCGGCAGUCGCAAGGUAAUAUGAAAGGAUUUGGACAAUUGCCACCGACCUUUAGCCCCAGUCAGCAGGAUCUUUAUAUUAAAUAAGCUACGGAGAAAUAUUAUGAGGAAACAGAAGAUUACUCUAGACCCUAAUACGAAGCCAAUGACGUUAGUAAAACCCCAAAACCUGAUCAUUAAAAGCUCUAUUCUUGGAUUAAAAUCUAAAAGAACACUCUAGAGCACUCUUUUAAUGGAGAACAGGAAGCUUCUCUUCAUAAACCUCAAAAUAAUGAAUCUCGGAGAUGUCUUGAAAGAAAAUAUCCAAAUAUGCACAUAAAAGUGAAAUGAAAUGCUAAAAAGAAGAGUAGAAAUUACGCCUCCCAGUCCAAGACUGAUAAUAAUAAGAUAAGCUCAAAAUACCAAAAUCUUCCCAAAAUCCAUUCAAUAGCUCCUUCACCCCCUGCAAAUCCCUUCGAGAAGCCAUCCCUCCAAAGGCUAAGAAAGAAGUCCAAAUUCUGAAGGAACAUCAAUAAACCAUUCCCAAGCUUAAGCUUCAAGAAACCCCGUAUGAAUAAGUACCAGAUUUAUGGCUUGGAGGAGAGCCGGCUGGCUGGUACAAAGAAGAAGUCCGUUCAAGAGAGAGGGUGAGUUAGUAGUGUAAAGGAUCAAUAUUGGGAUGGAUAUAGUUUUGAAAACAGGAGAUAUUCCAGAGAUAGCUCUGGUCUUAGACUUAUGGAUGUGAUCCCAGCCAAGAGUGAUCAUCAGUAUAUCAAAAGAAGACAGAAAAUGACAGAUCUGUGACAAUCUAUGGUAUAAUUUUUCAAUAAAAGGUACUUAAAA